UGUCCCUCUCUGUGCACAGCUGCAUCACAUUCCUGUUCUUGCUCUCUAUCACUAGCAUUUCUUUUAUAUUUCCAUCCAUCAUGGACUGUGCCUUUGCUAAUCUAGAUGCUGCUGGUUUUCUACAGAUCUGGCAACACUUCGAUGCAGAUGAUAAUGGCUACAUUGAAGGAAAAGAGUUGGAUGACUUUUUCCGUCACAUGCUGGAAAAAUUAAGGCCAAAGGAUAAGAUUACAGCGGCGAGAGUACAGGAGAUAAAGAAGAGCUUUAUGUCUACCUAUGAUCUCACAUCUGAUGGACGCUUGGCGAUCCACGAACUAGCCAACAUGAUCCUGCCGGAGGAUGAGAACUUCCUUCUUAUCUUCCGUAGAGAGGCUCCGUUGGAUAACAGUGUGGAGUUCAUGAAGAUCUGGAGGAAUUAUGAUGCUGACAGCAGUGGAUACAUAUCAGCUGUGGAGCUCAAGGGCUUCUUGAAGGACUUGUUUCUACACCACAAAAAGAAUAUUCCCUCCAGGAAGUUGGAUGAAUACACAAACACCAUGAUGAGCAUUUUUGACAAAAACAAAGAUGGGAGACUGGAUCUUAAUGAUCUAGCCAGAAUUCUGGCUCUGCAAGACAACUUCCUGUUGCAGUUCAAAAUGGAUGCCAGCAGUCAAGAGGAGAGAAAGAGAGACUUUGAGAAGAUCUUUGCACAUUAUGAUGUUAGUAAGACUGGAGCACUUGAAGGACCAGAGGUGGACGGUUUUGUCAAAGACAUGAUGGAGCUCGUCAGGCCCAGUAUCAGAGGAGUUGAUCUGGAUAAAUUGCGUGAGGUUCUGCUGAGCCACUGUGAUGUGAAUAAAGACGGGAAGAUUCAGAAGAGUGAGCUGGCUCUGUGUUUGGGAGUAAAGAUUAAUUCACAUGCACAAUGAAGUUCUCAAUUUUACUAUCAGUUACUACACUUUAAAGCUGAAUGUGGAAGGUGAAAACAUUACAUAUAACCUGUGAAUUGCUUGUUUCUCUGUUUAAAAAAACAGUUAUAUUUAAAAAGUUAUUCUGAAAUUAAUUUAUGAAAAUGUAAUAACUUACAUGCUCUACUUAUGAAACAAUAAAAGUUAAACAUGUAAAGCCAUAAUAGUGGUGACUUGAAUAUGUAAUGAAGUGCAUCUGCUCCUAAUGGACCCUUAUUUGUUCAAAGAAUCCCUUAGUUUAAUUUAUUUUCAUCACAUCUGGGAAACGUUUUCAGUUCAUAGCUCAGUUGUUGAAUCUUUAUGUCCAUACAAAUAUUUACACUGAAAAAUAUAUACAUAAACAAAAUGUACAAAUAUUUACAGCAUUUUACAGAAAUAUACUGGAAAUAAAAGCAGUUGAAAGCAAGAGCUUUUUUUUUUUGUUAAGAUUGUUACUUUUAAUUAACAAUUAAACAACAAUUAAGGGACUUGUUGUUUCAUGUC